AUGGCACGCACAGCUACAUCCAUGCUACUAGGGUUUGCCGCUCUGGUCCUCACAGUGCUUUUGGCAACGCAACGAGCCGAAGCAGGCCGGUUUCUUCCCAGCGCCGGCGCUUUAUCCACCAACCGCCUUCCAGCCGGCUUGAAUUCAGCCGUCGCGGCGGCAGCUGCAGCAGCCAGUAGCAGCAACCCCGCAGCAGCGCUCAAAUCGACGCUCUCGUCCCUCAACGGCCAAAUCGCAUCCCUCGACUCGCUUCUUAAGAAAUCGCUCGAGCAAAUCUCUGUGGCUCUCAAGAACAGCCCGUCAGUUGCAGACAACACGCUCCAGCCGCAGAUAUCCGCGUUAAAAGCAAACCUCGCUGCUUUGAACGAGAGCCUUGCCAAUCUCAACGCGCUGAACAUCUCAGGGUCAAAGAAUCUGAACUUCACGGAUCUGAUUUCCCAGAUUUCUGGAAUUCAAUCCAACAUCUCCUCCAUCAGCACCGACAUCGCCGCUCUGAACAAGGACCUGGCCGGGAUGAUUGGCUCGGGCGUUGGCUCGGGCGUUGGCUCGGGAGCAGGCUUGGCGGGCGCGUUGCGUCCAGCAGCCGGGGCGGCUUCCGCGAGUGGGAGCGCGACGGCGAUCCGCGCGGCGGUGAGGCAGCGGUUGGCGGCUGUGACGCAGCGAGUGGCGGGGCUCAACGGGAACGUGUCCGCGCUCGCGGAUAUGCUCAACGCCUUGAACGGCGCCCUUACUAACGGAGCCUUGAAUGGUGCUCUGAACAGCGUUCUGAACGGGGCUUUGAAUGGCGGCGCUGUGGACGGCAGCGUGGUUGCGAAGGUGGCGAAUCUUCUGCCCCAGCAGGCGGGCAUGCUGCGUGCCGUGCUGACGUCAUGCAACGGCCUGCUGUCUCUCCAGGCCGGCGCUGCUGACAUUCAGAUCCUCAAGAUUGGCUCGGACUACAUGCUCACAUACUACCUGUACGUAGCAGGAGUGAGCAAGGCCCCGGACUCGCAGGCCAUUUUCAAGGGCAGCACCUGCGGCAGCGCUGCUGCUUCAGCAGCCCUGGCCCUGCCUGGCACGUGGGUGCCCAUGACCCCUGUGUCCUGGUCGCUGGCCAAUGUCGUGCGGGCGUCCGCUGCUGACGUGGCGGAUGUGCUGGCAUCGAUCCAAGGGAUCACCAAUGAUGACCUGUUCCUCAGAUUUUCCGGUGCUGACGUGGCGCUCUCAGGGAGAGUGAUUGGUGGGAAGUUGUGA